AUGCCACUCAGAAUCCUCAUCAUCGGCGCGGGAGUAGCUGGGCCCGCCCUAGCCACCAUGCUCCUCCGCUCUCCCUCCGCCUCCUACAGCAUCACGAUCAUAGAACGCGCUCCCCACCUCCGCACAGGCGGGCAACAGGUUGACCUGCGGGCCCAGGGCAUCCCCAUCAUCAAGCGCAUGGGCCUCCUCCCCGCCAUCCAGGCCCGGUGCCAGAACGAAAAGGGCCUCGCCUUUGUAGACACACACGGAGUCGUCAAGGCGAUGGCGGGCCGCAACGACACCGGCAGCGGGCCGCAGGGGUUCACGAGCGAGUUCGAGAUCAUGCGCGGGGACCUGGUGCAGGUGCUGGUGGAGGAGAGCCUCGCGGCUGCGAGGAGGCUGCGGGGCGAGGAGGCGGGCGAGGUGCUGCGGUACGAGUUUGGCAAGCAUGCGACGCAUCUCGUGCACGAGGGGGAUGUCGUGCGCGUCACGCUGUCGGACGGCACCGAGGCGGAGUUUGAUCUCGUCGUCGGGGCGGACGGGCAGGCAUCUCGCACGAGGCGCAUGCUGUUCGGCGAGGAGGCUAGCAGGGCCGCGUUUCGUUCGAUCGGGGUCUACAGUGCGCUCUUCAAUAUCCCGCGCGACCCAGCCGAGGAAGAUGUCUUUGUGGCCAAAAUGUAUCUUGCGCCGGGCAAGCGCUGGGUGGCCACACGCACGGGGGCUCUGCGCAGCACACAAGCCUCUCUCUCUACGAUGGCGCCCACAGAGAAGCUGGUCAGCGCCAUGACGGAGAAGGGCGGCGAUGUGGAUGCGCAGGCGGCUGCGUGGGAGGAGCACUUUAGGGGUGCGGGCUGGCAGACGGAGAGGGUUCUUGAUGGCUUGAAGGCAAGGGGUGACUUUUAUGCGUACCAUUCUGGGCAGAUCAAGCUGGAUCGCUGGCACAAGGGACGUGUUGUGUUGGUUGGGGAUGCGGGAUACUGCCCCAGCCCUAACACGGGCAUGGGGACGACGGCGGCGCUGGUCGGGUGCUACGUGCUGGCCGGGGAGCUGGCCAAGCACGACAACAAUGUCGAUGCUGCACUUCAAGGCUACGAGGACGUUCUGCGGCCGUUUAUCAAGGAGGCCCAGACGAUAGGGUUUGGGAUGCCGGGGCUGUUCUACUGGGAGAGCGCAUGGGCUAUCUGGCUUGUACAUUUGCUGCUGGGGACCUUGGUUGCACUGAGGAUUGACAAGCUGUUGUAUAGGAUCAUGCCUGAGGAUAAUGGAGGCUGGGAGGUGCCGGACUAUCCCAAGCUGAAUCUUGGGUGUUGUAAAGGAGAAGCACCACUGGGUUGAGCCAAGUCUGAAUAACUGAGUAAUGUUUGUAGAGUUGAAAUUGUACUAUCACUACUG